GCGGGUCCUGGCCGCUCAGAGCGCAGCGGAGCCCGGCAGCAGCAGCAGCAGAUCAGCGGGGCGAGCAGCGGAGACAAGCCGAGGACCAGACGCUGCGGAGCGGCGGAGCGAGGCGGAGGCUCCGGUCCUCCUGCGGGACUUCUUCGGGUGUUUAAGCCGCUUUUGGUGCUCUGUCCUCCCGGUCUGAGUGUCUGAGGGUCCCGGAGUCACCCACCGGAGCGGAGAGUCCGGCAGCAUGAAGAAGAACAGCUCCGGGAAGCGGGGUCCGGUGGACGCGGCGGCGCCGCAGCACGUCCAGCCCGAGAAGGUCGGCUGGAUCCGGAAGUUCUGCGGGAAAGGGAUCUUCAGGGAGAUCUGGAAGAACCGCUUCGUGGUUCUGAGGGCCGAUCAGCUGUUCAUCUGUGAGAAGGAGCUGAAGGACCUGGGCCGGGCUGAGGAGGUUCUGGACCUGUCGGACUACGAGCGCUGUGAGGAACUCAGGAAGAACAAGAGCCGCAGCAAGAAGAACCACAGCAGGUUCAGACUGCAGCGCUGCAGCACGCCGGGGAACACGGUUCCUAACCUGGUGUUUCUGGCCGUCAGUCCAGAGGAGAAGGAAUCGUGGAUCAACGUGCUGAACGUCGCCAUCACACGAGCCAAGAACAGAAUCCUGGAUGAGGUAACCGUGGAGGACUUGCAGCUGUCUCACCUGACUCGAGACCGAGUGAAGAUUCCUCACAACCGGCGGCUGCCGACUCGAGGUCACCUGCUGGCGGUGGCGUCCUCAGACGGGACGCUGACUCUGGACCUGAUCCAGGAGGAGGACGCCCCCUUCAGGGCCAGCCCGGACUGUCCCCGCUCCAGGACCGACGGCGCCCUCUGCGCCAGGACCGCCGAGGCUUCUGGGAAGUCUCAGAGUCUCCCCCGCGAGGUGGUGGCGGUGGCGUGGGAGCAGCCGGGUCAGACGCCGCCGGGGACACGUCUGACCGCGGCGGAGAAGAACCGCUGCGCCUCCAUGGACGAGAUCCUGACGCACUCAGACACGAAAGCGUCCAAGAGUAAACCGGCGGCGCCCUGCUCGGCAACCCCGGCAACCCCGGCAACCUCGGCAACCUCGGCGCCCGUCAACCGGCUGCAGGAGCUGAUUGGCCAGAAGCUGCAGGACACGGAGCGGCUGCUGACGGAGGUGCGGGGGGGGCGGCGAGGAGGCCGGGGAGCGGGCGAGGCUGAAGGGGAGGAGUCCGCCGAAGGAGCGCGAGCUGAAGCGGAGCGGCUCCUGAAGGAGGCGGCGGCGGCGUGGAGUCAGGCCCGGGACGUCCUGGAGGAGGUGAAGGAGCUCAGGGCGCUCUACCGCCAGCUAGACUCCGCCCCCCUCGCCCCCGCCAACAGCACCAAACUCAACCAGGACCGCAAGAGCCUGAUGUGAGCCGCCUCCUGGUCCGGUCCGGUCUGGUCCAAUCCAUCUGGUCCGGUCCGUCUGAUCCGGUCCGUCUGGUCCAAUCCAUCUGGUCCGGUCCAUCUGAUCCGGUCCGUCUGAUCCGGUCCGUCUGAUCCGGUCCGUCUGAUCCGGUCCAGGUGAUCCACGAAGCUUCUGGUUCUGUUUGUUGGACUUCAGACGAAGCUGCUGAGAAACUGGAUCAACCACUUUAAAUUAUUUUGAAAAAAUUUUGCUUCUGGUUACCAGCAGGACCAAGAUCAGGACUUGGACCAUGACCAGGACCAGGACUAGACCGGGACUUGGACCAGGACCAGGACUUGGACCAGAACUGGAACCAGAAACUAUGUGUAGCAUAAAUUUAACUUAAGUCGCAUCUUUAAAAACCUUUAAAGUCUCUUUGUUGUUGCACAAACACUCGAAGUUCCUUUAAAGAAAACAGUGAAAGAAAAUGUGCCAAGAGACGAGUCAGGUCAUGGACUCGAGUCAGACAACGAGUCAGGUCAUGGACUCGAGUCAGACAACGAGUCAGGUCAUGGACUCGAGUCAGACAACGAGUCAGGUCAUGGACUCGAGUCAGACUUUGGACGGUUUGUUUGUGAGGUGUGUGUUUGGAAUCUGAACUGGAAGUUUCUGUAGAGUGGAACAACGUGACGAGGUUCACGAGUGUUUCACGUCUUUGAGACCUUAAACCGACUCGACUCGAGUCUUCUUCCAUUGUGGACUCAGAACCUUUCACGAGUCUUUCAGGUUUUGAUCCUUCUGGAUCAGGUACUAGAACUGAAACUAUGCAGAGACUCGACAGAAGCUCAGCGACUCGACAGAAACUCAGCGACUCGACAGAAACUCAGCGACUCGACAGAAACUCAACGACUCGACAGAAACUCAGCGACUCGACAGAAACUCAGCGACUCGACAGAAACUCAACGACUCGACAGAAACUCAGCGACUCGAC